CACGAUGCGGUCGGACACCGCGACCACCCGCAUGGCAGCCUCCGUGGCCUACCUGUCCGCUCUCCGCAGCAAGGACGCCACAGUCUCCGCGGGUCCGAGCCAACACAUUCUUGUCGUGUACACAUCGUCGUCGGAGAGGAAAGUCGCGAGCUUUCGGAGCGGGAGGCAGGAUCAGCGACCUAGCGGAGGAGCUCGGUCGCCGUCGUGGCCGUGGACAUCCAACUAGAUGGGGGCAUCAGAACAGGUUGGGCACCUUCACCUCCAGCCUCCAGGCACUGCUACUUCGCCGAAAGCCGCCCGUUCAUCUCACACCUCCUAUGGAUCGAUUUGUGGAUUUCUGGCUUACACAGCAAUGCAGUGGGCAAUGGCACUACGACAGACAAAGAGAAGUGCAAGAGAGAAGUGGGAGGUCGCCUCCAUUAAUGCCUGGCCUCUUGCGAGUAGCACUAUAGUCCCACUACGCUUCAACCUGCUAGGAGCUCAAAUACAAUUAAUCGACUGGUUCCCACCAUUUUAAGAAAGUAUUUAACAACAAAAUUAUUUUAUUUCUUUAGAUAUUUCAACUUAUUUUAACCAAUAAAGAAAAAAAAGUUUAGUGUUCGAUACACCAACAACUUGGUAAUAUAGCUAUUUUGCAGACAAAUAUAUACAAGCAUUAAAAAAGGUACAGAUUUAACUUUUCUUUGAAGUCAGAAAAUAAUAAGCUUCGUAUUUACCACUAUGCGAAACCCAUACAGACCCAAGAAAGGAGCACUACAUAUUAGGAAAGAGGAUAAUGAUCUCCAUAAAGAUUAGACAUAAUCGUAGAAGGCAUUGCAUAUUUUGUUAUUUUUAUCUGGAUUGUGCGCCCUUUAAGACCAAUAUUUUAUUGUAUUAAGAAAUUUGUAUAUCUAUGGUUGAUUCGCUGUCAGUACGUAGCUGAAGAAACACACUUCAAAGUAUCAUUAUUUUGUUCCUAUUAAUGCCGAUAUUUUGUUGUUUCGAUGCAUGUAUAUAUCCACUCAGCUCUAUGUAAACAAUACUAUAGAAAUAUAACAUCUAGGCUGAUGAUGCUUCU